AUGGCGAGUACAUUGACUGACGACAAACGAACUCAAUUACAGCCCGUCUGCCAGAACUGCGGCACCUCCACCACACCCUUGUGGCGUAGGGACGAAUCCGGCUCCGUGCUUUGCAAUGCCUGCGGCUUGUUCCUCAAGCUGCACGGGCGGCCUCGUCCGAUAAGCCUGAAGACCGAUGUGAUUAAAAGUCGCAACCGCGUGAAGACUGGCCAGGGCCCCAAACGCAAGUCUGGCGGCCCUAUCGAUGCCAACGGUCUCGCGACACAACCCGAUGUGGGAACCCCGCCUAUGGGCUCGCAUGGCUACCGUCGCGCGUCGCGUAAGAUGUCCCCGGGACACUCGGAUCGCUCAAAUUCCCCCUUGUCGCGAACAGAGACACCCGGCUUUGCCUCCAUGCACAACUCGAACAUCGCGCCCCAGCACAUGUUUGAUAGCGUCACUCGAGGGGACGGUUCUCUGAACUCGGGUCUUCCUUCCUUUCCGCUGCGUCAACCUUCUCCGUCUGCCGUGGAUCGUCAGCUCGACUCCCCGCAGACAUAUGAAAGCCUGUUGGCCCUCAACACGUCCCUGAAGACCCGCGUCAGUGAGCUUGACCUGAUCAAUGAGCUGUUCCGUGGACGAGUCGCAGAACUCGAGCAGAGUGACGCUAGCGCGCGUCGAUCGGAGAUGAUCGCCCGCGAUUCCGAGUCUCGUCUGCGCCGAUCGCUCGAAGAGUCCCAGCACCGCGAGGAAGAGCUCAAGCGACAUAUCAAUGAUCUAGAACGUCAGUUAUCUGGUGAUGGGGAGUUCUUAGAGCCCCACGCCAAACGAAUCCGACUGUCGGACGUGGUAGAGCAAUCACCCGAGCAAUCUCCGACGCAGACCAAAUCACCAAGCAGUGCUUAA